AUGGCAAAGAAGGCAGCCGGCACACAGACCCGACUGGUGGGCAACGACUAUCGCCACCUAGUCCGCCCAAAGACCAUCACAAGCAGCAAGCCUGCUACAGCAGGGAGUUUCAAGCGCAAGCAGGAUCUCAAGAUUACAGGCUUCUUCUCCCAACCUACUGCUGCUGAUGGUGCUGGUCAGGGGCAAAAGACAUCAACAACAGCGACACGUCUACGAGGAAAACGCAAAGCUGAACAGACGCGUAUCCAAGUACAAGACUCCAUGACUGGAUCUGAAUGCGCAAAAGUCGCUCAAAUCGCACAGGUACAGCAAGCGAAUCAGGCCGCAGUGGCGAUUGAGCAAAAAGACGCCUUGAGUGAUGCAUUCAGCCGUCUCAUGUCUCCUUCGAAACGACGAAAGCUUGACAUCGAUUGCAGUCUACCUGUUGUCCCAGACUCACAAGCUUCGCCUGUAUCAUGUACACAACUCGAUACAGAGGAUGGACACAUGGCGACGCCGCAUACAGCGCAUCUUAUGGAAAUACCGUCGUCUGUCGCGUAUGAGCGAUACCAUGAUCGGUUGCUCACAGAGCCAGAUACCCCUACACGACCUCAAACACGCUCUUCAUUGCCCUCACCUCCGUAUUCAUUAAAUGAGACGGAAACUGGAUUGGCUAUACCAGAGACACAAAUGCUAUCGCCAUCGCGUCCAGUAAUGGCAAACUUGUGUUCAUUACAAACGCCGCCCAAGACGACGUUGAGACAAGUAUACCAGGAUCCAGAGGAUGUCUCACCGCCGUCUGGCCAACGUCCUUCGUCUGUGUGUAUACAACCUGACGGAGUCCUCAAUGAAUUGCCAGCAACGUUGGUUGUUACUUCUCAAGCGCGGCGAGCAAGAAGGGCGUUAUUGGCCGCUGAGGAGACUGCAUCUAUUGACACUGUGCUUGAUGAACGACGGUUUGAGCAACUGCUCAAAGCAAAGCAAGCGUUGGAUGCGUUUGAGAGUGUCUCUGAGACUGGUUCUGUUUUGGAGGAUGAGAAGCUCGAAGUACCUGACUCGGAGGCUUCUGAUUUGGAUGAGCUGGAGUGUCAGCAGAAUUCAGAGGCAGGUGAGAGGCAGGGGAUGUAUGGUCUAUUGCCUGAGAGUCUGGUGAAUGACUCGUUGCUGGUUGCGUCGUUUCAGCCGCCUUCCUUUGGAUCCAUGUCACGGACAUAUACACAGGCACAGGGUCUACAUCAGGAGGAGGAGGAGGAGGAGGAUGAAGAUGAAGAAGAAGAGACGACGGACCGGAUCUCUGCCUCGCCCUCUCCUCGGAAACGGCAUCCAUCACCAGGAGGCAGCAGCAAUACCAACAAUAACAACAACAACAACAACGAUGGCGCAGGCACACAACACCCGCCCACGCCACCACAACAACAAGGCGAUCCAAGCAUGAGCGGUGCCGGUGCAGAGGGAGACUUGCAACGCGCAUAUUGGACACCGGAGCGUGAAGAACUCCUUGCUGAAAUCUGUAAAGACCUAAAGAAAACGGGACACUCGCUUCCUGGAAGUUAUGGGUUUUCAAGAGAAGCCUGGCAAGUCUGUCAUCGCAGAUUCGUCGAAGCUGCAGGUGUUGAGUGGUCUAUCGCACAGCUAAAGGCUCGAUACCAGCGAUUGCGCAUGGAUUACGAGGCUUUUAAACUUCUGAAGGAUGCUGUCAUCAAUGAAGGCGGUGUAUGGAAUGAAGAGCAACUCCUGCUCGAAGCAAGCGAAGAGGUCAAGCAAAUCGUAACAGCGGCAAAUAAGAAGGAUCGCGUGUACUUCAAUGUCCGAUUCUCACUGUAUCCAACCAUGGUGCAGUUGUUUGAUCGAGAGUGGGACAGGCAAACGCAUCGAUGGGUACCACGAGGCAACCCUGCUGCUCAACAAGUCGUUGAGCAACCAGGUGCAAAUCCAAAUGCAUUGCUUGUUUUGACGGAGACUCAGGAACGACGACGCAGGCAUCGUUCUAGAGACCGUUCUCGACGAGCAGGACGGAAUGCGAGCUUGGUCUCUGCGACGCGUGAUCCACUCGAAGCGAUAUUGGGCCCUCAUACUGGGAUUGUGCCGCCACCACCACCACCAGCAGCAGCAGCAGCAGCAGCAGCAGCACCUCAGUCACGCAUGCAACCGCCUGCAGUGGAUCCUGUUGUCAACAACAACUCUGGAAGAUCAGGACCUGUCAUGACACAAGCAGAUCUAGCGGCAGAUCAUGCUCAACUCACACGCGCUUUUAUUGAAGCCAACAAGACUAUGCUCCAAUCAACCCUCAAGGAGCUCUCUAACUUGACACACCCACGACAAGUUCAACUGGCAUUACACAGAUUCACGCAACAUGCAGCAACGAAGCAGAUUCCUGUACGUACACAAAUUCUGUGUAAGGAGGUCCUGACGAUGGAUAGUAAUGCUGAGGUGUGGUUGACGUUGCCUGUGGAUCAGUACAGGACGUAUUUCGAUAUGAAGUUCAGACAGCGAGGCGUGGAUCAGGGCUAUACAGAGUAG